UAAAAUUGUCAACUGGGGUAUAAAACCUGUUCCACCAGGUGCACAUCACCAGCAUCCUUCCCCGGCUUGCAAUGGCUUCGCUUCAUGAAGAACCCAAGCCUGGGGAUCUGAUCGAGAUUUUCCGCACUGGCUACUCCCACUGGGCCCUCUAUGUGGGAGACGGUUAUGUGAUCCACCUGGCUCCUCCAGAUGAAUAUGCUGGGGCUGGCUCCUCGAGCAUCUCUGUUCUGAGCAACGGAGGGGUGGUGAAAAGGGAGCUACUGAAGGAUGUGGCGGGAGGCUACCGCUAUCAGGUCAACAACCACUUGGACCACAAGUACAAGCCACAGCCUGUGAACAAGAUUCUCAGUUCUGCAAAGGAGAUGAUUGGUAAGGAGAUGAGGUACAGUGUUCUGCGAUGGAACUGUGAGCACUUUGUCACCGACCUGAGAUACGGCAAGGCCCGCAGCCUGCAGGUAAGGCCCUCCCUGAGAGGCUCCCUCUCCCUGCUGGAGAUGGCUAUCUUCCCCCUAUGUCCUCACCUGGAAGAGAGCAAGUGA